UAUACGCCAACGCAUAUGCCCACCGACGACCUUCUCAAAACACCACAACUCUCACUCACCCUUCCCUCUCUUUCUCUCUCUAACCAUCUCAAGUAUCUUUCUCUCUCUAGUCUCUCUCUCUCUCUCUCUAACUAUCUCAAACCUUCCGGUUUAUACUUAUUGAAUUGUUAGUGCUUCUGGAGAUCCAGAGAACAGGUCUCAGGGAACUAGGGAUUGCUCACAUUUCCGGAGAAUUUCUUCCGAGAAUUCUAUUGUGCUGAAAAUUUGGGGUUUUGGAGAAUUGACGCUUUCUACUGCUUUGAGGAGAUCUUUUUUGGGGGGGAAUGGCGGAAUCAUCCUCGGAUCAAGAUGGGGACGAUACGGAUACGUUUGCAGAGAUCGAUCCCACCGGUCGAUAUGGUCGGUAUAAUGAGGUGUUAGGAAAAGGCGCAUUCAAGACAGUUUAUAAAGCAUUCGAUGAACUAGAAGGAAUCGAAGUUGCGUGGAACCAAAUAAAGGUGGUUGAUGUCCUACGAAAUCCAGAGGAUCUGGAGCGUCUUUAUUCAGAAGUUCACUUGCUGAAAACACUCAAGCAUAAGAACAUUAUCAAGUUUUACAAUUCAUGGGUUGACACCAAGAAUGACAAUGUGAACAUCAUAACUGAGAUCUUCACUUCAGGGAAUCUUCGACAGUAUCGUAAGAAACAUAAGCACGUGGACUUGAGAGCUUUGAAGAAUUGGUCAAGGCAGAUCUUGAGGGGACUUUUAUAUUUGCACAGUCAUGAUCCACCAGUUAUUCAUCGUGAUUUGAAAUGUGAUAACGUAUUUGUUAAUGGAAACCAGGGUGAGGUUAAAAUUGGGGACCUUGGAUUGGCCGCAAUCCUGCGCCAGGCUCAUGCAGCUCACAGUGUCAUUGGAACUCCGGAGUUCAUGGCACCAGAGCUUUACGAAGAAGAUUACAAUGAACUGGUAGAUAUAUAUGCUUUUGGCAUGUGUUUGCUGGAAUUGGUUACUUUCGAGUACCCAUAUGGUGAAUGUGCCAAUGCUGCCCAAAUUUACAAGAAAGUUACAGCGGGAAUCAAGCCUGCGGCUUUGGCCAAGGUGAAAGAUCCUGAAGUCAAACAAUUCAUAGAGAAAUGCAUAGCAAAUGCUUCAGAGAGGUUGCCUGCCAGAGAGCUUCUAAAGGAUCCCUUUCUCCAAUGUGAUGGAGAGGGUGACAGUGUCGGUCGCUCUUUGCUCCCAAGUUCAAACCCUCAGGGAAACAAUUCGAAAGAAUCAACCACUGAGCCUGGGCCUAACGGUGACUCAUCCAAUUUAGUAAACCAGAGAUCUACAACUGGGUCUUCUUCCCAUUCUGACAUGUCACAUGCUGGAAACAAUGGAAAUGGCGGCCCCUCUAGUGACACAGAAGAAGACCCAACUGGGGCAAGUCGGGAUUUUACAGUGAAGGGUCAGAGGAAAGAUAUAAAUACAAUAUUUUUGAGCCUUCGAAUAACAGACUCCAAAGGUCAUGUAAGGAAUAUUCAUUUCCCUUUUGAUAUUGAGGCAGACACAGCAAUCAGUGUGGCGAGCGAAAUGGUUACUGAGUUGGAUCUCACUGAUCAAGAUGUCACAACAAUUGCUGCCAUGAUUGACUUGGAAAUACAGGCACAUGUCCCAGAUUGGGUACCUGGAGCAUCAUUUGAUGAUACAUUAGGUGAUGAUAUAAUAUCUCCAGGUCUCCAUGAGUCAGAAACUACGCAUAAAAUUUCCCCUAUAUCAGGUACCUGUGAUUCCCCAACCGAUGGGCUCAUCCUUGAGAGGCUUCCUUCUGGUCGAAAGUAUUGGUCUGAUUCUCCAAAGUGUUCAAAUGGAAGCUCGCCCAUUCACCCUGGGCCAUCAACCUUAGCUUCUAUAGUGGAUGGCGACGAAGCUUGUGAACAGAUGGAGUUGCAAGGUGACCCACUUCCUCCAAUUGGUGUGGCUUCAAUAGAGAAUCCCUCUUUGGAUCAAAGUAACGAUAGUCCAUCACAUAUUGAAUGUGAGAAGACAUUGUCUGAUGAUGCAGCAGAAGCAAUCAAAGAAAUAUGUAUAAGUGAUAGUCACGACGAGAAUGGUGGAGACAUCCUCAUGAAUCAAUCUGUUGAUUCUAAAUGUGGGAUUUCCUCAUCUGGGGAAAAUGAGUUAGAGGAUGUUAUUAGAGUUGUUGGGGAGCUUGAGCAUUUAUUGGAAGACCAGCAAAAAGAGCUUGAAAAAUUGAAAAGAAAGCACGAACUGGCCAUUGAGCAAAUCUUUAAAGGAUUGCGACCUGAAGUUCAAGGAAAAGUCCUAGACGAAUUCUAUUCUAAGCUUUCCAGCUACACAAUGCAGAAUGAAUUGCCAUACAGUUUGCAAUGCUUGAAAUCAGUGGUAGAUGAUGAAUCAACGUCUACAAAUUGCUCUUACCCUAGAGAAGUACUUGAUGACAUUGUCAAACUGGGUCAGCCAGUGAGGAGUGAAGAAGAUGUUCAAUAAGGCCAAAGAUGUGAGACACGAUUUUGGAUUAUAUGGAUCAUUCCUCACAUCCAGAGGCAUGUGCCCUUACUGGUCGUAGAGUUGGGGGUUUCCUGUUGUAGUUACUUCUCAUUGUCAUCCUGGGAAUGUUAUUUACAAGUGUGAGACAUACUCUUGCUAGAAGUGUGUGAAACACAGACCUAGUGUAGCUCUUCUAGAGUGAGAAAGAGACUUUGGUGCAUUUAUCUUCAGAUGCAGAUUAGAUUCUUUUUGGAGGAUAGUAUAGCUUUUGGUAUGGAAAGCAUUGCAAUUUGGGAGCCGGGUUAACUGAAUCAAAUUUGUUGGUGAAAUUAUUUUUCUUGUGAAGACAGAGCAACGAUAGGGGAUUCUGUUGUCUUGAGUUACCACUGCAAUUUGGGAGACAGGAUAAUUAAAAUAAAUUUGUUGGUGAGAUGAUUUGUCUUGUGAAGACAGAGCAACUAUAGGUGAUUGCAUUGUGUAAGUGUGAAUUUGUGGAGUUCAAAGGAAUAAGGGAUGCAGGACCAGUCGAGGAAAUGUGACUGUCGUGGGAGGGGCAGUAGUAAUGGCUAAGAACGUCUCCCUUUACCCAUCAUUUGGUCAUUUGUUUGUCCAACAAUUAAUAGAUAACUUGGUUUCAGGUUUGAGACUGUUCUAUGUGUUAUUGUUGUUCUUUAAAUUGGCCCAUUAAAAAUUAUGGGAUAUAUAAUGUACAUAUUAAAAUAUCUGUGUUAUAUAGAAAGAAAAAUUCAGAGCUAAACUGCCAUUGUCAUUUGCUGAUUUUUUGUUGUCAAAUAUUUGGAUUACUAAAAGAAAAGAAAGAAAAUUUGAU